AUGGCCAACAAGCAAGAUCCUCCUUCAGCCCGAACGGCAGCCGCAACUCAAUGUCCAGUCCUGACUUCACUUCCGGCGCCAUUGAUUGAGCGCAAUCUUGCCAUUCAUGAGGAACUCACUGAAUUGCACGCUCACACAGAGUCUACCGUGCCAUCAUGGAUCGACUCCCUCAUCGCAGAAGAACGUAUUCACGCGUACUACUCCCAGCUCGGCGUCUCGCUCUGCGAGCCCACGGCUGUUGCCGACCAUGAUAUCGAGUCAGAUGUGGAGCAGCUCCCCCAAGUCGACUACGCUUCUUCCACCAAACAACGGCCGGAUGCCCGAUUCACUGUUAGCUCGGACAACCAAGUUUGCGCUUCACUGAAGCUCUUUGAGAGUAAAGUCGCCCUGGAUCAGACCAACAUCCGCCAUGAAACACCGCUGGAGCGCUUCCUCACGCCAGGAUACAGCGAUCCGUGCUUCUAUGCACAGCCUGCACUAGCCCAGGCGGGCAUCCAGCUAGGGAGCUUGGAGGGAAAGGAGAAAAGGAAGCGAAUGGCGAGGGAGAAUGUGGAGCGUGUCGUUUCUAGGAGAGUGGACUCGUCACCCUAG